UUGAAUCUACACCCGACUGGGUCGUACUGCACUGUGCAGUACGACUGUGACUUUGAUUGGGAGUGCAAAAUGGCCGGAAUUUGCCUAUUUCGUUCAACAAUUAAUACAUCGAAGAGAUUCCACAAAGAUGUACUUUUGAAGAGACUCAAGAUUCAUGUACCAUCAUCAGCAUCAUGUUUUGGGGGACAUCAUGGGAACAAGUUUUACAGCUCAUCUUCCGAUGCCGAAUUCCUGCACGAGUCCAUCAUUCCCACAAUGCACUUCCAGAAGAGUUUACCCCGGUUGCCCAUCCCCAAGCUGCGUGAUACAUGCCGUCGCUACCUGGCCUCUCAGAAGCCCCUGCUGACGGGGGACCAGUAUGCCCGCACCGGCGCCAUCGUUGAUUCCUUCCAGAAGAAUGAAGGUCUUGAUUUGGAUGUGAUCCUAAGGAGACAGGACAAAGAGAACAAGCACACCAACUACAUCUCAGGGGCCUGGUUUGAUAUGUACCUGAAGGACAGGCAGUCCAUAGUGCUCAACUAUAACCCGUUCAUCACUUACAACAAUGACCCCAGGCCAGAGAAUAUGGACCAGUUAAUACGAGCGACAAACAUGGUAGUCUCUGCUACCAGGCUCAUGAAGACACUGAGAGCUAGUGUACUGGAGCCUGAACUCUUUCAUCUGAAUCCUAAGAAGACGGAAACAGACAGCUUCAAGAAGAUGGCGAGGAGGAUGCCAGAGUCCAUCGCCUCCUACUACGCUAUCCUCAACAAGGCUUUCCCUCUAGACAUGAGCCAGUACUUCAGACUGUUCAACUCCUCCCGGGUCCCGCUGCACGGGCGGGACGACUUUGCAACCGAUCCGACGGCCAAGCACGUGCUCGUGGUCCGUAACGGCAACUUCUACACAUUUGACGUCUUGGAUAAGGACGGUAAUAUGCUACCACCGUCCGUCAUCCACGCAAACAUCCACUACAUCCUCCAAGAUAAUGCCCCGCCCACUGAGCAUCCCGUUGGGUACCUGACCAGCGAGAAUCGCAACGUGUGGGCCACGCUACGCCGUCACAUGGCCGGACUGAGCGCGGGCAAUGCUGAGUCGCUGCGCAUGAUUGACAGUGCCAUGCUGUGCAUGUGUUUGGAUGACGACUCGCCAGACACGCCAGAGAGUAUGACUAGAAUGAUGCUGUAUGGCAGUGGCAGUAACAGGUGGUUUGACAAGUCCAUCCAGGUCAUCCUGUGCAAGAACGGCAUGAUGGGAGUCAACUUUGAGCACGCCUGGGGUGAUGGCGUGGCCGUCCUGCGAUUCUUCAAUGAGGUCUUCAAGGACAACUCCGACCAACCCGCGGUGGGACCGGACUCGCGACCGGCAACUGUCGACGCCUCGGAAAACGUUAAAAGUAUAAGCUUUGACCUGGAUCCAGCUGUUGUACAAGGCAUCCAGAAAGCCAAGGAUAGCUUCCAUACCUCGACUAGCCGGCUGAGCGUCUGUGCCAAACAGAACUUCCUCUAUGGCAGGGACUACCUCAAGAGCACUGAGAUCAGCCCAGAUGCUCUGAUGCAGCUGUCAUUCCAGAUUGGGUUUUACAGACUGACUGGGCAGACAGCCCCGACGUACGAGUCCUGCAGCACAGCGGCCUUCAAGCACGGCCGGACGGAGACGCUACGGCCGGCCACGCUGGAGACCAAGCGAUGCGCUGAGGCGUUCCAAAAGGACUCGGGUGUCAGCGCGCAAGAGAAGCGGCAUCUGAUGAAAGCGUGCUCCGACAAGCAUUACGAUUUGACUAAGGAGGCUCUCAUGGGCAAAGGCUGGGACCGCCACCUCUUCGGACUCAAGAAAAUCGCAGAGAUGGAGUAUUCACUGCCGGAGAUGUUCACAGACCCCGCCUACGCCAACAUCAACCAAAUCAUCCUCUCCACGAGCACCUUGGCCAGCCCGGCCGUUCUGAUCGGCGGGUUUGCCCCCGUCACUCCAAACGGCUUCGGGAUCGGGUACAACAUGAGCAGCGACAAUCUCGGAGUGAACAUCACCAGUUACCCGGAGUCCCACAACGUGGAGGAUUUUGUGGAGUGCCUCAACAGCAGCUGGGAGGACAUGUAUGAAAUUUUGGACACCACGACGGCGCCGCCUAAGAAGUAGUGUUGCGAUGUCACCUCUGUCACAUCUGCCAAGUGACACGGGGAACUUUUCAGAACCACCAGUUUUGACACGCAGAAUGCCUUUGCACAUGAAGUUGUAUGGAGAAUAUGGCCACAUAUGAAUUAGUUGACUGUGGCUUGCAAUUGCACAUGUACCUGUGGAAACCCCUGAAGCCACUUUCCAUGCACUUGUGUGCUACUGUCAGAUUUAGCCAGAUAAUUCGGACAUGGUCUGUAAAUCAAAUUAAAUCGGUCU